AACGAUUUUUCAUUUCCUUUGCGUAACUUUUUAGGUAUACAUGCAUUAAGAUCGAGGAUAAUUGGGGGAGUUUCUGCUAAUAUACAAGAGUUUCCCUACAUCGUAUCUUUUCGAAAUAUCGAGGAUAAUAUUCACUUUUGCGCUGGUUCGAUUAUUAGUCAUUGGAAUGUUUUAUCGGCAGCCCAUUGUUUUAUCAUUUUCGAAAAUGAAUUUGAUGACUUACGGAUGUAUAGUGGAACACCCAGUUCGUCAGAUACGUCUGGACCAAGUUAUACUAUUGGAUAUAUUGUCUUCAAUACUGAGGAAGAAAUAACGGAGCAACUUGCAGAUACCCACGAUAUAGCCCUUAUUAAGACUAAUGAACAUAUUGAAUUCAAUCAAUUUCAAAAUAAAAUAAAUCUUCCGACGAGAGACCUUUUUCAAGGGAACAUUGGUCGUGUUGCUGGAUGGGGAGUGACAUCUUAUCCACAUGGCGAAGUUUCUCUAUUUCUUCGUCAAGCAGCAGUAAAUAUUUAUGAUCAUGAAUCUUGUUUGCGAUUAAUUCCAAUGCAUAUGUUGGAUUCUCAAUUAUGUAUAUUCAAUGUAAAGGGCGUCGGAACAUGUUCAGGUGAUAGUGGUGGACCAUUGGUUAGUAACGAUGAAUUAUUUGGUAUCGUUUCAUACAGUUUUCAAUGUGCCACCGGUGUACCUGACAUAUUGACCAAGGUUUACUCAUACCUAGAUUUCAUAAGAGCUCACUUGCUAGAUUAAUACUGGACAUUAAUCUAAUUUUUAAAUAGAAGUAUAAAGUAUUUCUAUCG